AUGAAGGGAAAGGAAGGAGUGCUUACCGGAGUACGCGAGAACGCCGUCGGGCUCGGCGCAGUCGAGCGGGCGGGGGAACAGGUCGAGGGCGGCGUGAAGGAGGGCGACGUGGGCGCAAAGGAGGGCGGUGCGGAGGAUGACGAGGUGGAGACGGACGAGGUGGAGGGCGGCGUGGACGAGAGCGACGCGCGGGCGUGCAGGGAGGUGAGGAGCGCGGGGGAGGACGAGGCGGAGGACCGGGAUGAGGCGGAGGAGGCGGAGGGCGACCCGAAUGGAGGCGGGCGAGGCGGGCUGCCUGAGGUGAGCAACAUGGUGGGGCGUGGAUGCGGGAGCCCAAGCCCGAGCACGGACAUCGACGCGGACGAUGGGAGGCCAUGGCCUGACGCGACGAGCAAGCUCGCGCCCGACCCGGACGCGGAUGUGGAGGGUGGUGCGCCGGGCAUGGGCGAGCGGAGGGAAACUGGAGGUGGGCGAGGCGGUGGAGUCCGGUGCAGGAGGCACGGGUGGACGCAGGCGAUGGGGACGCGGGUGACGCGUGCGGAGGCGGACGACGAGGUGGUGGGCGCCGUGGACGUGGGCGACGCGGAGCCGGGCGACUCAGAGGCGCAGCAGGCCGGUGCAGAGGAGGAUGACGCGGAGGGUCGAGAUGACGCGGAGCCAGAAGACGCUUCGGAGGAGGCGCGGGCGAGGCGGUGGGCGGUGAGGAGGUGGGCGACGCGCGCGGAAGUGGACGACGCGGAGGUGGGCGACAAGGCCGCGGCGCGGGCGGAGGUGGGCAACGCGGAGGCGGAGGGGGCAGAGGUCGAGGUGUGCGACAUGGAUACGGAGGUGAAGGGCCAGAACGGCUGUGGGCGCGAGCGCAACGAUGCCGCGGGGACGGACGACGGACGAGGCGCGGACGAGGCGUGCUGUGGGCCGCAGGCGAGACAGGAGGAGCGGGAGACGCGUGUCCCUGGGCCCUGGGGACGACGCGGAGGUGGUGGUGGGCGAUGCGAGGCAAAUCCACGGGAUGAGGCGGAGGGCAGGGACACGGUGGAGGAGGCGGAGGGCAGCGCGUCGCGCGAGCGGAGGCGACGCGAGGAGGUUGGAUGCGUCUCCCAUAAGGCGCUUGCACGGUCGGGGCAUGCACGGGUAGACACGGGUCCCGCGAACAUGUGA